AUGGAGAAAUGGCCUUACAAGACGGCUUAUCAUGCCAGAAACCUUAGUGCUAUCUUCACCAUGUCAAACCCAAGGAUAGAAGAGGUGUCGGAUAGUGACCCAGAAAUCGACGACCCUGAGGACUUCCUCCCAAAUGAAAUUAUGCGACCAGUAAACGCACCAGCACCACAGAGCUCUAGUGCCUCUCUACCGAAUCCUACUCUCAUGCAACCGCCACUGCCAGCGCAACGCGAGGUAUCUGAUGCGGAUAUGCAGGCGAGAAGGGCAGAGGUGAAACCUUAUGCAUCGAUUUAUCCUAUUUACUUUUCCAAAGCUAGAUCGCGGCACGACGGUCGACGAGUAUCGAAGAAGUUGGCAAUCGACAAUCCACUGGCGUUCAGUAUCUUCAAGGCAGUACGGCAAGUAAUAGGAUCUUCAUUGCGGAUAUCCUUCGAGCCAGACAAGACACAUCCCAAGGACUGGUCAAAUCCAGGCAGAGUGAAAGUACAACUUUUCGAUCCAGACACCCACAAGCCUUUGCAUCCUACUAUUAAGAACAGAAAACAUCUCUACAAUCUUGUGGCAGAAGAGCUCGUAAACAACCCUACAAGGCCAGACGAUCCUCUAGAGCUGAAAUUGCAAGGCUUGCCCGUACCUGAGAAUUUUCUUGACACCAAGAUUGCCGUUCCGAGAGGCUGGAAGAUGGGCAACAUUUUACCGAUACAUAGUGCUGCGGUGAGUGGCGGAGGGGUGUCUGACAACUUCCUAAAAGAGGCUAUGGAAGAGAUGAAACAGAUGCAGGCUGCACAAGGAGGUGGACAACUGCCAGCUGGACCUGGCGGUAUGGAUAUGAAUGCUAUGGCUCAGAUGAUGCAGGGCAUGGGUGGUAUGGGAGGCUUUGGUGGAGGUGGCGGAAAUACUGGUGGCAGUAGCAAGAAGAAGGAUAAGAAGAAGGGCUAG